UCAAAACCCUUUUCAAAAUCUAUCCAGUCCUUAUUAUAUACAUCUAUUAGAGAAUUCCAACAUCAGUUCUUGUCUCACCUGUCUUUAAUAACAACAAUUAUCAUUCUUGGUUCCGGUCAUUUUCCAUGGCUAUCAUUUCUAAGAACAAACAUGGUUUUCUCACUAGCACUAUUGCACCUCCAUCUUCUGACGAUCCUCUUUUCUCAACUUGGAAAGGAUGCAACAACUUAGUCCUUUCAUGGCUCUUCCAUUCUUUAUUACCCUCAACAACUCAGAGUGUGAUCUAUAUUCCUACUAUUUCAUAUGUUUGGGAAGAUCUCUGUGACUGUUUUUCUCAGUCUGAUCUUCUGCACAUUGCCGAACUGCAAAAAGAAAUUUACUCCUUGAAACAGGAAUUUCUAUCUGUCAUUGACUUUUUUACUGCUCUAAAAAUAUUAUGGGAGGAACUAGAAAACUCGAGACCACUUUCUGUUUGUACUUGCCCAGCAAAAAUUUACUGCAUUUAAGACUUCAUUAUCAGAUUUUUGAAAGGGCUUGACGAACGAUUUUCGGUGCCUUCAAACCACUGCUGGUCUUCUCGAUGAACCAAAGAUUCUUGCCAUUGCCACUAAGAAUUGCCGGCCUUCGUCUGGCCGUGGUCGCGGCUCCAAUUUCACUGGCGCUGGACGCGGCGGCAGCAACUUCAAGAUGUACACCCAUUGCGGACGUACUGGCCAUACCAUGGAUGUAUGCUACGCGAAACAUGGUUACCCGCCGUGACAUCCACGGUCCUGGACGACUGCGCCUCCCUGACCGUGCCGGCGCCACUGUGAAUAGUAUCGCUGCCUCUUCAUCUUUGAGUAGCCAAGGGAAAAGAGAAAGUGCUGCUCUAUUUCGGAAGCAGGAAUUGAACAGCUUGAGAAUAAUUGAUUUGGGUAGAUUAAGAAAAGACUUGUAUGUUUUUGAACAUAUUUUUACUACUCAUCAUUCAUUACCAACACACUCCAUCAAUUCCACCCAAAUUACCAGUAUUACUCCAUCAAACAUGUGGCAUUUUUGCUUAAGCCAUGUUUCUGGAAAGCGACCAAUCAGCAAAGGUCCAAUCAAGUUUUGCAUUGUAGUGUUCAGAAAAUAAACCAUCAUUUUGAUUACAAAAUCGAGGCUUAUAGGUAAGGAUGGAUCGAAAAAUUGAAGAAAAAACAUGCAAAAGUGGAGAAUUCAUGAAGAAAUUGAGUUUGGAGCUUUUCAAAUCAUGCGUACGCAUGAAUGUCAAGUUGUGCGUACGUACAUUUUGAAAAUUCGUAAAUUUGUGCGUACGCAUGCCUUGUGUGUAUGCACGACUGUAAACACGUGACUUUGCUUAAGUGAACACGUGGAUCACAAUUUCAGGACUUUCUUGGGCCCAAUCUAAUUCAUUUUUGAAGUAUUUGAAACCAAAUUUAAAAAGGAUGAAGGGGGGAGCUAUUAGGGUAGCUUAUGAACAU